UUGAGUUGGGUGCCAAGUGCCUGGUCAUGGAAGCAAGGUGGUAGAUUCUGUCAGUUUAUCUGCCCGUGUCUUUGCGCACACAAACACUGGCCAGCCGCCUUUUUCUCCUCGCAUCCCCUUCACCUAUAUAUAUAUAAGCAAUCCUCUUCUUCCCAAUUUCAUUCCAUCGUUUUCCGUUGAAAAUCGUAAGAGAAAAUCAUGAAGAGGCAAAGGAGCGAUAUGGAGGCCAGGGGUGACGGUGGAAAGAGGAGCAAGAGAACUGUGGAAACUAAGGAGGAGGAGGAGGGAGGAGGAGUAGUGGCGGCGGGGUGCGGGUUGCAGAGUACGGUGUGGUGGGCGGAGCAAAUGCCGUGGGCGUCGGUGUGGUCGCCGUUGUGGGAUGUGGAUUUUGUGGACAGGGCUUAUGGUGAAUUGUUCGGCGAUGUUGCCUGGGAUGAUGAUAUUUGGGGUUUGAAGAGGGUAAUGGCGAUACCCCAGAAAUGAGAUGAGAAGAGGAAGUUUGGCAAAAUAUGUUUUACUUUGAAAGUUGAAUAUGCUAAUAAUUGAGCUUAGAAAACAGUGUAAGCUGUAGUAGCUGUUACUCUCUGCUUUAUCAGGUAUGAUGGAGCUGCAAUAUUAACUAUGUCCACUAGAAGAUGGGAAAUAG